AUGUCUGUGACAGAUGUCCACAGCAGAGAGCCAGGAACCGUCUGCUUGCUGCCCUGCAGGUGCUGCUCCUACGUGGGCCGCCGGGGAGGGGGACCCCAGGCCAUCUCCAUCGGCAAAAACUGCGACAAAUUCGGCAUCGUGGUGCACGAGCUGGGCCACGUCAUCGGCUUCUGGCACGAGCACACGCGCCCCGACAGGGAUGACCACGUCUCCAUCAUCAGGGAGAACAUCCAGCCAGGGCAGGAAUACAACUUCCUCAAGAUGGAGCCUGAGGAGGUGGAGUCGCUGGGGGAGACCUAUGACUUCGACAGCAUCAUGCACUACGCCAGGAACACCUUCUCCAGGGGCAUCUUCCUGGACACCAUCCUGCCCAAAUACGACGUGAACGGCGUCCGGCCCGCCAUCGGCCAGAGGACACGGCUCAGCAAAGGGGACAUUGCCCAGGCCCGCAAGCUCUACCGCUGCCCAG